AUGCCUGUACACCAAAACGCCGAACUCCUCGCUCCCCCGCCGAAGUCCGAUCGAUGGCCCGUUAUGAUGUUUUCCCACGGGUUAGGAGGCACACGGAACGCAUACUCGCACAUCUGCGGCUCACUCGCAAGUCACGGAAUCGUAGUGGUAGCAGCAGACCAUCGCGAUGGCAGUUCGCCUCUCGCCAUACACCACACACCGGAAGACAAGCAGAAGACGAAGCGCGUCGACUACCGAUCCAUUGCGCACAAGGCGAGCACAGAAGUAUACGAGGCACGAGACGAGCAACUGAAGAUACGGCUAUGGGAGUUGGGCAUGGUACACGAUGCGGUCUUGAAAAUCGACGAAGGACGUAAACUCAAGAACGUAGCCCAAGACCAACCCAAGGGAAAGAACCUCCUCAGCAUGUUCUCCAACAUCCUCAACGUCCACGAUCCCGGCUCCAUCAGCUACGCCGGCCACUCCUUCGGCGCAUGCACAAUGGUGCAAUUCGUAAAAUCCGUCUACCACCGCCCCCAAACAUCCACCCCGUCUUACAAACCCCUCUACACCCCCUCCUCAGACUCCAGCCUAGUCCAACAAAUCACACCCCAAAACUCCGUCACCCUCCUCGACCUCUGGACCCUCCCCAUCCAAAGCCCCGCCACAAGCUGGCUCCGCUCCAAACCCAUGCCAUGCUACGAUGCCCCCUCUGGCGGCAAAAACCUGCUAGCCAUCGCCUCCGAAGGCUUCUACAACUGGUCCUCCAACUUCCGCGAAACGAAAUCCAUCUUAUCUCCUCCUUCUCCCCAAUCUUCGAAACACACAAACCAACCAGGCCCCCACAUCUUCUACCCCAUCGCCUCAGCGCACCUCUCCCAAUCCGAUUUCGGCGUCCUGUUCCCCUGGGUUACAACCAAAGUCUUCGGCGCAAAGGAACCUGAACGCGUACUCAGGCUCAACACACGCGCGAUACUGCAGAUGCUGAGGGAGAAUGGGGCGAGGGUUGCGAAUACGAGUGCGGCGGAUUUGGAAUUGGAGGAAGAGGCUGGGCCGCCGGCGAAGAGCUGGAAUUUGGUUCAUGAUACUACGAUUUUGAGUAGGACGAAGGAUAGUGUGAGGGGAUGGGUUAAUGUUAGUGUGGAUGGGGAGGAGAGGAGGGGGGAGGAGAAGGUUAUGAGUCCGUUGGAGAAGGUGGGGAGUAAGGGGAAGGGACCGGGGGAUGCGGUGGUUGAGGGGGAGGCGUUGGGGCAGGUUGUUGAGGGGAAGGUUUGA